ACCACCGGCCACCGCCACUGCCAUUGCCAUUCAUCCUUACAAGUAUUUAAACUUCUCUCCCCCCCUCUCUCUCUCUCCCCCCCCCCCCCCCCUAUCUCUCUCGACAUAGAUACUGAUCUCUGUUUACUUCCAACACCAUAAAUUUUGAAGAAGAAGAAAGAAGAAUUCAUCAAUGGAUCAGCAGGAGACUCCACACAUAGCCAUCCUGCCAUCGCCGGGAAUGGGCCACCUUAUUCCGCUCGUCGAGUUCGCCAAGCGCCUUGCCGCCAACCACCGCUUCACUGCCACCUUCAUCAUCCCCACCGACGGCCCACUCUCCAGAGCACAGAGAGCCUUCCUCGAAUCUCUUCCCGACGGCUUGACCCACCUCCUCCUCCCUCCGGUCAGGCUCGACGACUUGCCCGACGACGUCCGGAUCGAGACCCGCAUCUCCGUCACGGUGGCCCGCUCUCUGCCGCCGCUCCGGGAUGUCUUGGAGGUGCUCGCCAAGACCACCCGGCUGGUCUCCUUGGUGGUUGAUCUCUUUGGCACGGACGCUUUUGAUAUCGCCGAGGAACUCGACCUCUCUCCGUACAUCUUCUUCCCUUCCACCGCCAUGAACUUGUCGUUAAUCCUCUACUUGCCGGAGCUCGAUCGGAAGAUAUCUUGCGAGUACAAGGACUCGCCCGACCCGAUCCGGAUCCCGGGUUCCACCCCGCUCCAUGGGUCGGAUCUCCUGGACCCGCUUCAGGACCGGAAGGACGAGGCCUACAAAUGGGUUCUUCACCACGGGAAACGGUACAGAAUGGCGGAGGGCAUUAUGGUGAACAGCUUCAAGGACUUGGAGCCCGGCGCGAUUAAGUACUUGCAGGAGCCGAAACCGGGUAAGCCACCGGUUUACCCGAUCGGGCCGCUCAUUCAGAUGGGUCCCACCGGAGGGAGGGUCGACGGGUCGGAGUGCUUGAGAUGGCUGGACGAGCAGCCACGUGGCUCCGUGCUGUUCAUCUCAUUUGGGAGCGGUGGGACCCUGUCAUUCGAUCAGCUCCAUCAACUGGCUCUCGGCUUGGAAAUGAGCGGACAAAGAUUUCUCUGGGUGGUGAGAAGCCCGAAUGACAAAGUAGCCAACGCCUCGUUCUUCAGCGCCCAUAGCCAAAACGACCCGUUUGCGUUCCUGCCAAACGGGUUCAUCGACCGGACCAAAGGGUACGGGUUGGUGGUGCCGAACUGGGCGCCGCAGCCCCAAGUCCUCAGCCACGGCUCGACGGGCGGCUUCCUCUCUCACUGCGGCUGGAACUCUACUCUGGAGAGCGUCGUCAACGGCGUCCCUCUGAUCACCUGGCCGCUCUACGCAGAGCAAAAGAUGAACGCCGUGAUCCUAGCGGAGGAUCUGAAAGUGGCGCUGCGGCCUAGAGCCGGGGAGAAUGGGUUGAUCGGGUCCGCCGAGAUCGCCCGAGUCGUGAAGGGCCUGCUCCAGGGGGAAGAGAGCAAGCAAAUUCGUAGCCGGAUGCGAGAUUUAAAGGAAGCCGCCGGAAUGAUGUUGAGCCGCGACGGCGAGUCCACGAAGUUGCUGACUGAGUUGGCUCAGAAGUGGAGGAAUUAAUGAACUCGCUUAGAUUCAGAUUGUCUGUUUUUGUGUAACGUUUCAACUUUACAUUUAAAAAAUAAAAAAAAUUAUAAAUAUCAUUGUUGAA